CCUUCACUUCAUUUAGACUGUCGCUUGGAGUGGAUAUACCGGGAAUGGGAUCUUCAUCGAGAGCUAAGAAAAACUUUAUUUUUUUCCGCGUUUAUGCCCUUCAGAGACUCCUCUUUAUCUUGCGGGAAUAAUUGGGAGCACACAAAAAACAAGACAUUUUCCAAUGUGAAGAAUCGUAACUGAGUGUGUAAGAAGUUUCCUGAAAAGAAAUACGAAUGGGAUAAAUUCUGUGAUCAAGAUUAUUAAAAGGGAUUUAAUAUUCGGAACCUUUCCCAAAAUCAAUUUGACAUAUUUUCUAAAUUAAAUAAAUUAAAAAUAGCCUAGUUCUUGUUUAAAAUAACAGCAACCUUGUCAAUUGAACUGCGCAUUAAAGUAUUGUUGAUUAAGGCAAAAAUCCUUUAUAGGGGCCAUAGUGAGUGAUAUUUUAGAAGCAGUUGCGCGUGUGUAUGGAGAGUAGCGCAGACACCUGUAUUCGUCAUGGCGAAGUGGUUUAAAGAUUUCCCAACUAGUUUGAAGACUGGAUCCGAUCGGAUCCGUUCUGCUUCGGAAUCGGGAACCCAGUCCCGCCCGAAACCGGUUCUGACCGUUGGUACUGGUUCGAAGGGAAGUCUGCGUAAAAAUUCGGGAGCGGAAAACGGUGGCGGCGGUGGCGGUGGUGUGGGUUCGCUGCUUCACGGGAGGAAUCGUAAAAAUUCGGCCAUCGAGCUGGGACGAAACCACUCCAGCACCGGCUCGAUGAAAGACGGGAAGAUAUGGGAAAUUCUGAUCCCUGGAAAAAGUAAGAAAAACACAAAAAUGGAAGGGUUUGAAGACCAUCGCACCCUGCGGACCACCAGUCUUGCUGAUGCGUACAUGAGCAGAAUGAUCAAGGUUAAUGAUCCAAAAUCCAAUGCAGGAGGAUCAUCCCCGGACAGCGAGAGGGCCAAAUCACCAAUCAGAACAGAAACGAUCAUCCUGGAGGAUUAUGCUGUCCCAUUUGAUGCCGAGAAAACAAGGGAACAGAGAGAGACUGAAAGAGAGGGAGAGAAUGAUGGUUACAUGGAACCUUAUGAUGCUCAGCUCAUUAUUACAGAGAUUCGCCGGCGAGGCUCGAAGGACCUGCUGAAAGUGUGUGUAGUGUUGAAUGGAGGAGAGAGUGAGGGGUCUGGACCCCCACAGAUUUAUGAUGUACCAUAUGAAGAGGUUCUGGAGGGAAUUCCCUUGACCCGACCUGAGUCCGACUCCAGACCACUGGCAGAGUAUGAGCUGCCCUGGGAGUGGAAGAAGGAGCAGAUUGUUAGGGCACUGUCAGCUCAGUUUGAUGGAGUGGAGCGCAUGUCGAAGGAAGAAUCAGGUUCUCCUGUAAAACAGCAGACCCUGAGACAUAAGAGCUGGACCCCCAAAUCUCUUCGACCGAAUCCCCCCUCCCCGACUUCCCCAUCGUCUCCCAGCAUUAUCCCAGACAGUGAGACACCAAUAGUUGAUCCCACCCUGCCUUUGGAGAAACAGAGCUGGUAUCAUGGCAGUGUGAGUCGUCAGGAGGCGGAGGCUCAGCUGCAACACUGUAGGGAGGCCAGCUUCCUGGUGCGAGACAGCGAAUCGGCUACCAGCAAGUACUCCAUCGCCCUUAAGACGAGUCAAGGAUGCGUGCACAUCAUCGUUGCGCAGACUAAAGAAUGCGGCUACACGCUGGAAAAGACCAGCUGUGUGUUCCCAAGCAUCCCAGAAGUGGUGCACCACUACUGUACCCAGCGCCUACCUUUCACCGGGGCAGAACACAUGACCCUACAACACCCCGUACCACGCACACACUGAACACACAUGCUAAACGUAUACACAGCGUUCUCUGGUGCAAAAACAUGAAUGUAAUACUGUGGUCCCUGCCAAUCGCAUACCAGCAAAGCACAGUUUAACUCUUUUUCUUAGUGUAUGUAUAUGUGCGCAUGGAAAUGAGUAAUUGGGACUUUUCAUAUUUGAGUUUUCACCCCCUUUGAAACCAGGCCCCUAACCCUCCAGAGAAACCAAGGGAGGAAAUACGUUUCACAAAAGCUGUGGUUUAAACGCCACAGUGUAUCUGUUGUUGACUUUUGUUUUGCUAUUUCCUCAUCCCUUGUUUCAGUAUCCUGGGACUGCAGCCUCAUAAGUUCACUUCCAGUUAUGCCACUGAUCUAACUAUGUGCCUGAAGGGGUAAAUCGCUCCUAAACUCCCCCUGCUGGCAGCUGCUCCAAACUGCAAAUCACUCAUGCAAUUGAUGCCAAUUUUGUCACUUUCCCUGGUGAGACACAAAUUUGAAUCCCUGCAAGAAUGACUGUGCAUUUAAAUGGCCAGAAUUGGCAGAGUUCAUAUUUUUAGAAUCCCUAGUAUAGAUUAAGUUUAGAAUUGUUGAAUCCUCAUAUUAUUGUAUCCUCUGAGAAAAACAUUUCACCCCACAUUGGCAGUUCCUAGCUGAGGUUAGAUCGUUAGUUCGGAUCAAUACAGCAAAUUGAAGCUGGCUCGUUCAUCAGAUAAAUGAGUCAUUGCCGUUGAUUGGCCAAUGUUCUUGUCUGUCAGUGAUAAAACUAUUAUUGAUUGGUUUGCGUUUGGGAAUAGUGGGAUGUUGCACGGCUUUACUGACCGCGCAGUCAUGCUUGGAUUCAUGGUGUACCGAAUGUGACAUUGCUCUCUUGGUGAUGGGAAGUUACGUUUCAAUGUGUCUUUUUGUUUGAAGGUCACAGGUUCCGUUUUAAUCUUUAAGGAUGCUAAAUUUGAUUUUGAGAUAAUUAUUGUUUUAAAAGGAUAGUUAACCCCAAAAUGUUGUCAUUACUUACCCUCAAGUUGUUCCAAACCUGUAUGAGUUUCUUUCUUCUGCUGAAAACAAAAUCUUUAGAUAUUUUAAAGAUUGUUGGUAACCACCCAUUGACUUCCAUAGUUGAAAAAAAAUGUACAACUAUGGAAGGCAGUGGGUGCCCACAACUGUUUGGUUACUGACAUUCUUUCUAAAUAUCUUCUUUUGUGUUCAGCAGAAGAAAGAAAUUCAUACAGGUUUGGACCAACAUAAGAGUGAGUAAACAAUGACAGAAUUUUCUUUUUUGUGUGAACUUUUGCUUUAACCUAGAUGAGAGAAAUGAGAGAGAGGGAAAAUACAUUCUCUGAAGAUUUUGCCUUUGUACAAUGUAAGACUGUGCAAAGCUUAAAAUAAAGCAGAUAAUGCUGAA